AUGGCCGCGCCGACGAGGACGGCAAUCCGCGGCCGCGAAGGUCGUCGUCCGAUGGUGCCCCGUCGAGCAAUGUUCGCCGAAGAAGAGAACAAGCCGAGCGAAUGGCGACACAGCUGGCUCAUCGUUUUCGGCUUUUAUAUUCUGCUCACUGAGACCGGUGUUCGGCAGGUAAGCCGCUUUACCGCUUAGAAAAGGCUAAGCUCGAUUGGUCUGAUAAAAAAUGAACUCGAAAAAUAUUGGGAAAAACGUCUUUGCAGAGCACUGAAAGUGCAUUUGUGAUCGAACCGUAGUUUGUUUCGGCUAAUUAUUGAAGAAAUCGAAACCAGAAACUUACUGUCGUUAAGAAAAUUGCAAAAAAUAAAUUUCAUCUAAACUUUAACGAAAAGGCUAAUAGCUCCGUGCGUUUCUAAAGCUAAGAAGGUCGACGUCAUAAAAAUUUUUUUUUGCGAUAAUUUCUGUCAUUUUCAACUUCUGAGCAUUUUUAGAGCCUAUAAAAGUGCUGCGAAUAGACUAUAAAAAUUAACGUCGUUAUGUGCAACCGUUUUCUCAAAAAAAAUCGAUGAUUUAUCAAUUUCGAGUUGCUCUUUAUCUCUUUUUUUUCUCUCACUCUCUAACUCGAGUAUAGCCAUUUGCUACUGCAAUUAUUGUUUACGAUGAGAAAACCUAUCGAACUUAGGAUAUUUUUUGAAUCGGAAAGGGAAAAAGUUAAAAAUCAAGAUUUUUCUAACGCAGAGCUUCUUUUUGAGGUCCAAAUUUUUUAAAAAAUUUUGAGAAAUCUCGAAGUUCAAAUGAGGUUUAUUUUUGAAAACUAGAGUCUAGUCAAUUUCUACUGGACUUCUUGUUUAAGGUGAUGAACGGUUUUGUAGUACCGGUUAUGGAAACAUACAACUGUACAAAGAGAGAAGCAGACACAGCGGUGCUCAUGAUUCCAAUGUCAUCCAGUUUAAUAUUUGGUGGGUUAUAAUUUUCGAAUUUAAGCUCCUUAUUUUUCUCUCAGGACCAUUAUGUUCAAUGUUUUAUGCUUACGCCGGUGCUCAAAUCAGUAUAGGCCUCGGCGCAAUCUUUUGCAUCCUCGGAUUCGUUUGUGGCGCUUUUGCACCGACAAUUGAAAUUCUUAUGGUUUGCACGUUAGCGAUAGGUGGAGGAACUUUUGCGAGUCAUGAACAAUAUUACCUUUUCAGGUGUUGGGUGUGGUUUGAUGCGGAACUCUACGAUUUCAAUUCAGUGCGAGUACUUCAAGAAAAAAAGAAACUUUGCCAUGAGUUGUAUAUCAAUUGGUCCUGGAAUUGGGAUUUUCGCACUACCGAGGAUUCUAAAAAAAAUUAUGGACGUGGUGAGUACUAUCUCAAGAUUCACUCACUAUAUUUUUAUUCAUCUUCGAUCAAGAGCAUCCAAGAAACUUUGCUGAUAGCUAUCAAACUAGACCUAACGCCGUUAAAAACCUCACGUUAGGGCGCAAUAAAUUGAUGAAAAAGAUCUUAAGGUCUUUGUGAUGCAAGAUAAAACGACGCCUUGCUGAGACUGUGACGUCUUGGUCCUUUAGACUUUGACUGUAACAAAAAAGCAGUUUCUGACUUGAUUUUUGAUGAAAAAGAUGGUUAACGAUAAAGGUGUUUUUCAGUCUAAUGGCUGGACAGAAGCUUGGAUAUUCCUUGCUUCUUUAUACGUUAUUUCUGGAGUUAUGGCUCUAUUCAUCACAAAGAAACCAGGUGAAGGACAGCGCAACUUCUUCCACUUUUCCGGAGUCAAAGUACUUUUUUUCUCGUUUUCUUAUCUUUAAUUGCAAAGCCAGAAGACCGAGUAGAGCUCGUAAAAUGGUUAUAAGCACGGAACAUGUUUUCCCAUGUAACUUCUGAUUAAAGGUCACAAUACAAACUACUCACAGCACAGAAUAAAAAAAUAAGAUUCUGACUUUUUGCUCAGAGCUUAUAAGGCAGGUCAUUUUACUUUGCGGUUGGGAGUUUGAAAAUUGGCCGGAACACUUCUUGAUGUUCUGGCCGAUUUUGAUAAAGAUCUUAAAUGUCUCAAUUUUCAUAACUUCCCAGUUUUAGAGCAAUGAGAGCUUAAAGCCCCAAAACAUUUUUUCGUGUGUUUUCCGACUUCAGAGUGGUCUUUUUCAAAAAAUAGAAAGUGGUGCAUGUUGAGAUUCUCAGGAUCUUCUUCUGGUAUAUUUAGGAGCGUUCUGAUCAUUCUUCAGAAAAAUCCCAACAGCAAAGUAAAACGACCUACGUUAUUAGGAUCGUUACUAGAAAAAAAGUAAAAACAAAAAAAAGUAAAAAUUAUCAGGUAUUCACAAAACUGGAGUUCAUUCUCCAUUUGAUAGCUUCGUUUUGUGCGUCUGCAGUCACUUUCAUUUAUGUUUCGAACAUUCUUGUUUUGAUGAUCCAGGAAAAUAUAGAAAAGUAAGUUUUUUCCACUUUUCGCAGUCCCAUUUUCAAAAUUCAGCCCUGAAGAUGUCUACAGCUACCAGGGAUUAG